ACAUGACCAUUCCCCGUACAGGCACAGCAAGCAGAGGUGUGGACUUGAGGACUGGGCUGCAGGCCGAUUAAAUCACCGCGAUGCUUCCCCGAGAUGUCGCCCAUCGACAAGUCUGAAGCGGCCCAUGUCGACGGCCACCCCGGGGGCGAUGGACCGGUGUGCCGGUGAGCCAACGUGAGAACCGCGUCGCUCCAGAGGAAGCGCUUCGGUCCACCUCGCACAUGGGAACUGUUUGACUCGCGCUGCGUCUGCGUUUCGACUGUUUUGAAAACUCUCACGGAGACAUGUCGAGAGACGGCAUGACAGCCGUACGAGGAGCGCACUCCCACGCCACGAGCCCCGCUUCGCCCAAGGAGAACGGACACCCGGCGUCGAGCCCCGCUCAGCCCAACUUUCCCCAUCCCGCCGCGGGCGCCGUGCCCGAGGACGCCCCGGUGUCCUCCGCCAGCGAGCUGACCCAGACCUGGGUGCACAUCGCCAAAACGUUUGUGCUCAUUUUCCCCAUCUACGUCCUGGGCUAUUUCGAGUGUAGUUUCAGCUGGCUGCUGAUCGGACUGGUGAUCUUCUUCUGGUGGAGGAGGAACACCGUGGGGAAGCACAGCCGCCUGAGCCGCGCGCUGGCUUUCUUUGAGGACGAGGAGGAGCGCAGUGCCGCGCUGGGUCUCACCACCUCCGAUCUGCCACCAUGGGUCCACUUCCCAGACGUCGAGCGAGUGGAGUGGCUAAACAAGACAGUGAAACAGAUGUGGCCCUACAUCUGCAAGUUUGUGGAGAAACUGUUCCACGAGAUCAUCGAGCCGGCCGUGAAGGAGUCCAACGCCCACCUCAGCACCUUCUGCUUCAGCAAGAUCGACAUGGGGGACAAACCCCUAAGGAUCAACGGGGUCAAGGUUUACACAGAGAACGUGGACAAGCGGCAGAUCAUUAUGGACCUGCAGAUCAGCUUUGUGGGGAACACAGAAAUUGACGUGGACAUCAAACGUUACUACUGCAAAGCCGGCAUCAAGAGCAUCCAGAUCCACGGCGUGUUGAGGGUGGUCAUGGAGCCGUUGCUGGGCGAUAUGCCUCUCGUCGGAGCCCUGUCUCUCUUCUUUCUCAAGAAGCCUCUCCUGGACAUAAACUGGACUGGCCUCACUAAUAUCCUGGACAUUCCUGGGCUCAACGGUUUCUCCGACAGCCUGAUUCAAGACAUUAUCUACAGCUAUCUGGUUCUGCCCAAUCGGAUCACCAUCCCUCUGGUUGGGAACGUGGAACUGGCCAAGCUCCGCUUCCCGAUGCCAAAGGGAGUCCUCAGGAUUCACUUCCUGGAGGCUCAGGACCUGGAGGGCAAAGAUAAAUUUCUGGGGGGGCUCAUCAAGGGCAAGUCGGACCCUUACGGCGUCCUGCAGAUCGGAAACCAGAUUUUUCAGAGCAAGACGAUCAAGGAGAGUCUGCACCCCAAGUGGAACGAGGUUUAUGAGGCGCUGGUGUACGAGCACUCAGGCCAGCAUCUUGAGAUUGAGCUGUUUGAUGAGGAUCCCGACAAAGACGACUUCCUGGGAAGCCUCAUGAUUGAUAUGACCGAGCUGCACAAAGAGCAGAAGGUUGAUGAGUGGUUUGAUCUAGAAGAAACUCCUACGGGGAAACUCCACUUAAAACUGGAGUGGCUUUCUCUGUUCUCCACCUCUGAGAGGCUCGACCAGGUGCUGCGGAGCGUGCGCGCCGACAGAAGCCUGGCCAAUGACGGGCUGUCGUCAGCUCUCCUGGUGGUCUAUCUGGACUCAGCAAAGAACCUGCCAAGCAACCUGUCAGAUUUCACCUAUGACGGGUUGAAGCAAGUCUCAGUCUUUAAGGCCCUGAAGUCCGCUAAGAAGAGCAGCAGCGAGCCCAGCCCUUACGUCCAGUUCACAGUCGGGCACAAAACCCUCGAGAGUAAGAUCCGGUACAAGACCAAGGAGCCCCUGUGGGAAGACUGUUUCACCUUCCUUGUUCAUAAUCCCAGGAGGCAGGAGCUGGAAGUGGAGAUAAAAGAUGACAAGCACAAGUGCACGCUGGGUAACUUGACGGUGCCGCUGAGCGGCCUGCUGGCGGAGGAGGAGAUGACGCUGACUCAGUGCUUCGCUCUGAGGAACUCCGGACCCAGCUCCACCAUCAAGCUGAAGAUGGCCCUGCGGAUCCUGUCCCUGGAGAAGCAGGUGUCCUCCGACCUGCCUUCGUCCGUCCAGGUCAGGAAGUCCAGCGUGCCGCAGCCGGCCGCCGCCCCGUCCCUCCGGACGUCCGUGUCGGACUCCCCGCUGCCCCCGCCCACGCCGCCUCCGCCCCUGGACGCCUCCACGCUCACGCUGCAGCAGCGGGACGGCGAGCCGUACUCGGCCAGCCCGCUGCGCAGCACCACCAGCCUGAGCUCCGGCAUGUCCUCCUCCCAGAAGCACCUGCCCCACAAGGAGUCCACGCCCAGCCUGGCCUCGGAUAUCUCUCUGCCCUUCGCCACCGUGGAGCUCCAGCAGAGGCUCCGGCAGCUGCAGAACGGCUCGGCCCCCAGCCAGUUCCCCCUGGGCGAGAUCCAGCUGACGGUCCGACACAGCUCCCAGAGGAACAAGCUCAUUGUGGUGGUGCACGCGUGCCGUAACUUGAUAGCCUUCACCAAAGAUGGCUCGGACCCCUUCAUACGCCUCUAUCUGCUGCCUGACAAGAGUCGGACGGGGAGAAGGAAGACGGGCACAAUGAAGAGGACUCUUAAUCCUGUUUUUGAUCAAACGUUUGAGUUCAGUGUUUCUAUGGUGGAGCUCCACAGGAGAACUCUGGAUGUAGCAGUGAAGAACGGAGGAAGCAUCCUCUCCAAACACAAAGGGCUUUUAGGAAAGGUGCUGGUGGAUUUAAGUGGAGACGAGAUUUCCAAAGGAUGCACGCAAUGGUAUGAUCUCAGUGAAGAUGGAUUUUCGUCUCAAGGCAUCAAAAGUAUUCAAGACCCCCUCCUCUUAGAGUGAACCUGCCCCCCCCCCACUGUAAAAUAGUCAUCAUGAUCACCGAAGGGCACAUCAUCCUCUUGUAUUUAUUUACGUUCUCCUCCAGUUUGCAGGAGCGAUUUCAGCAUGUGAACAUUUUAUCAAGCAUUUCCUCUUCUUAUUUCACGGCCCUGGUCUGAUCGGAAGAAGAUACGGCGACAUGUUUGUGAUGCAUUGAGACACACUAACUGCCUUUGUCCCUGUUUUCAGUGUUUUGUGUAAAUAUCAGGUUGCUCAUGUUGAUAACGUAAGAGAAUUUGCAGGGGCUUUCAUGACGUGACUCUUUAAUUACCGAUACUGAAAUUCGUAUUAUUUUUUUUUUUUCUGUCCAGUUUGUUAAAAAUGUGACACAGUUCUGUUUCAGCGUCUGAGAAAACUUUUACCAAAGGAACAGAUAGACUCAAAACAGUCGGUUUUAGUAGCAGCCUUGACUCUGAUAUGUUUGUGUCAUGCAGUGUUAUUUGAUUGUUUACCUCUUAAUGUUAUUUAUGCUCGAUUGAAAACGCGGAAUGCACAUAUGCAACGAUUAAAAUGAUUGCUCUGUAUAUCUUAGGAGGUUUGUGCAAUACUGAUUUGCUCUGAACGUCGUCUCGCGCUGAAACCCCCCCCCCCCCCCCCCCCCCCACCCGUUCUGAGGGCAUUUUAGGGCUGUGAACGAGUGCUGUACAACACGAAGACUGCAAAGGAUACUUGAAUUAAAAGGUUUGACCGUCCUCCAAACCCAAAUGUGAGUCGAACAAACUGCGACGCGUGAUCAGAGACAGCGGCGAGUGCGUGGUGUGAGCAGGGCCGCCAGGACGUGCCGUCACGCUUGUAUAUGGUUUGCCACGCAGUUAUAACUGUUUGUUGGAGCUUUGAAAUACAUUUCUUGUUAUCUAUCCUGUGCCUUAAAAGAUCCACUAUGUAAUUUUUUGCCUUCUUAAUGUUAUUUUUGAAUGAUGCCUCACGGCUUUUGAUGAAUAAAUGGUUUCUC